GCAUAUCAACUGUAGCCUGUAGUUCAUCCUGAUGAAAAUAUGAAGCCACCUUGAAAAACUGAACUGCUUAUACCUGGCUGGUGAUUUCACAACAAAUAUGAUCUGGACACCACAAUGACCACAGCUGUGAUGGAAUCGCUGAGGAACACCCUGGACAACCUCUCAAAGGACGAUUUCAAGAGGUUUAAGCACCAUCUCCGGGAUGCAGGAAUCCCAUGGGGAAGGCUGGAGGAGGCAGACAGAUACGACACCGUGGACUUGAUGGUGCAGAGGAACAGCAUGGGAGCUGGGGGCGUCAUGGUGACCAUCUUGCAGAAGAUGGCGUUCAACCAGCUGGCCAUGGACUUGGAGAAGGAUCUGGCAAAAUUGGGAGGUGAGCAAUGUUCUCCAGGUCUGGCUGGAGGAGGUGGAGGGACUAAUGUGGAUGCUGCAGCAUACUCUGGGGGGAUGGAGCAAGCUGCAGCCUUUAGUGGAGGAGAAGUGCCACUGAUCGUCCCGGAGCAUGACGGUGUCCACUCUCAUCUUCAGAUGGAACAGGUACAGAGCAAAACAACGGCCCAAGAACAGAACCAUGUUCUCAGAACCAUGCUGGAGAAUAAAGGCACCGUGGCCCCAGAGAGGUCUCAUGACCCUCCUCUGGUGGAGGAUCUUCAGUGUUCAGCAGCGAGCCCAGCAGUGCCUGAGCCACAGCAAGUAGGAGAUGCUGCAAAGACAGUUAUAAAAACAUCACUUAAACUGAAGCUUCAGAACCAUCUGAGCAAGUUUUCUACUGUACAUCAAGAUGGUGAAAAGUACAGUGUACAAGACACGUACAGUGAACUUUACAUCAUAAAGGGCCGCACUGGAGGAGUCAGCAAUGAACACGAAGUGGCAACAAUUGACAUGAGACAGAUUGGGGCUAGACCAUGCUUUGAAGACGAAAAAGUCAAGCUGGCAAACAUAUUCACAACCAAGUCUGGAAGAGUUUUGACUUUAGGAAUUGCUGGUGUGGGGAAAACUGUUGCUGUGCAGAAGUUUGUAAUGGACUGGGUUGAAGAAAAAAACAAUCAAGACAUAGACUUUAUCUUUGUUCUUUUAUUUCGAGAGCUGAACUUGAAGAAAGGAGAAAAGCACAGUCUCUUUGAUCUUCUUCUGUCAUUCUACCCAGACGUCAAAGGUUUGAAAGAUUUCCCUGAAUUUUUUGAAAGCAAAAUUCUCUUCAUCUUUGACGGUUUUGAUGAAAACACACUCAAUCUGGACUUUAAGAAGUGGAUCUCUGAACCUGUCAAAGAAUCAACAGUGGAAAUUCUCAUAACAAGUCUAAUAAAAGGUAUGCUUCUGUCCUCUGCACUCAUCUGGGUUACAACCAGACCAGCAGCAGCCAGUCUGAUCCCAGAGGAGUGUUUCAACCUGUUGACAGAGGUGCAAGGAUUCAAUAAUGAUCAGAAAAUGGAGUUCUUUCAGAAGAAUAUUAAGAAACCAGAAAAUGCCAAGAGAAUCAUUGAUUAUGUAAAGAAUAACAGGAGCAUCCACAUCAUGUGCCACAUACCAGUAUUCUGCCGUAUCAUAACGAGUGUGCAAAAUGAAAUACUGAAAGGCGAAAACACAAAUGAACCAACCAAAACUUUGACGGAAAUGUAUGCACUUUACAGUGUCUCUCAGAUAAAAAUAAUGAAUGACAAAUACUUUCAUGAGAAGAUGAGAGCUGAAAAAAAGGGGCAGUUCCUGGUUCUGCUUGGAAAAUUCGCUUUCGAGCAUCUUGAGCAAGGCAGAUUGAUAUUCUAUGAGGAGGACCUGCUAAAGUGUGAUAUUGAUGCAAAUGUUGUAACAUUGCAGACUGGAGUUUGUACACAGAUAUUCACCGUUGAGAGUGCAAAAACUGGAGUGAACAUGUUUAGCUUCGUGCACCUAAGUGUGCAGGAAUUCUUGGCAGCUCUUUAUGUUCUUAAUGAAAAAGUUCAAAGGAACAGGAACCCCCUAGUCAAGACAAUGAAGGAGAAGAUCAUCUGGCGAUUCAACCCGUCCAUGUUUGACCUUUUCAGAUUUGCUGUAGAAAAGGCCCUGGACAGCAAGAAUGGAAAAUGGGAUCUUUUUGUGCGUUUCCUCUUCGGCCUGGCUCCAAUGUUGAAACCUGGAAACCACUCCUCUUUGCAUGUGCUGCUGCCACAUUUAUGCGUCAGUGAAGAGAGCAUCCACCAAACAGUUGAAUACAUCAAAGAGAAGAUCAGGAAGAAAGACAUCUCAUCAGAACGGACCAUCAACCUCUUCCACUGUUUGAAUGAGCUUGGAGACAAGUCAAUGGUUGAUCAGAUUAACAGGUACUCAGCAGAUGAGGAGAAGAUCCUGACUCCAGCCCAGUGUUCAGCUCUGGCUUAUAUACUGCUGACGUCAACAGAGGACUUGGAGGAGUUUGAUCUGAAGAAAUACCUGAGAUCAGAGGAAGGGCUCCGUCGAAUGCUUCCUGUAGUCAAAGUCUCAAGAAUAGUUUGGCUGAAUCACUGCAAGCUCUCUCAAACAAGCUGUCAAGUUAUGGCACCAGUGCUGCAAAGGACACCAUCCCAUCUGAGACAACUAGACAUGAGUGGCAAUGACCUGCAGGAUGAAGGAGUGAAGCUGCUCUGUGUGGGACUAAGAGAACCACAAUGCAAGCUGGAGACACUGAGGCUGAAUCACUGCAAGCUCACCAAAACAAGCUGUAAAGUCAUGGCAUCAGUGCUGCAAAGGACACCUUCCUGUCUAAGAGAGCUGGACAUGAGUGGCAAUGACCUGCAGGAUGAAGGAGUGGAGCUGCUCUGUGUGGGACUAAGAGAUCCCCAAUGCAAGCUAGAGACACUCAGGCUCUCAGGUUGUAUGAUCACACAUGAGGGCUGUUCUCUCUUGUCCUCUGCCCUCAAAUCAAACCCCUCCUACCUGAAACAGCUGGAUCUGAGCUACAAUCACCCUGAAGACUCAGGUGUCAGCGAGCUCACAGACAGAUACGACCAUGGAGGAGAGUUCAGGAUUAAACCAGGACCAAGAAAAUAUGCCUGUGAGCUCACACUGGACCCAAACACAGCAUGUGAUCAUCUCUCUCUCUCUGAGGGGAACAGAAAGGUGACACGUGUGAGUGAGGAGCAGCCGUAUCCUGACCACCCAGAGAGAUUUGACCGGUGGGUUCAUGUGCUGUGUAGAGAGGGUCUGACUGGACGCUGCUACUGGGAGGCUGAGUGGAGUGGGGAUAAGGCUAAUAUAGCAGUGGCCUAUAAGAGCAUCCAGAGGAAAGGGAGGAGUGAUGACUGUGCGUUUGGACAAAAUACCAAGUCCUGGAUGCUGCAGUGCUCUAGUGACGGGUACUCUGCCUAUCACAAUAAUAAGAGGACUGCCAUACCUGCCCCCUCCUCCCACUCCAGCAGAGUAGGAGUGUACCUGGACUGGCCAGCAGGCACUCUGUCCUUCUACAGCGUCUCCUCUAACACACUCACCCACCUGCACACGUUCCACUCCACAUUCACUGAGCCCCUCUAUCCUGGGUUUGCGGUUUGGCCUGACUCCUCAGUGUCCCUGUGCCACAUCACAUGACCUCCUGAUCCUGCAUUCGCACACAUUUCUUCGCACACAUUUUUUUUUUAUCCUUGUAGCCUACAUUAUGUUUUCUGAAGAUUAAACAAAUGAAGAUGGAUCGAGAGUGGAUGUGUUCUCUCAGGGCUGGGAGUGUUAAUCCACCAUUAUUUCCACAUUCUGAUAUGACUGCGAGUGAAAUGCUUUACCUGAAUGUUAUGAUUGUUUUAUAUAUGAGUAAUUGGUUCAAAUGUAUUUGAUUUGAUAAGCAUACAUAACAAAAGGGGAACAGAAUGUAA